AUGAGAAUGCCUUUUUUGUCAAAGUACUUCUUGAAGAAGAAAGGAAAAGGGCUGAAGGAAUGCCUUCAAGGAAAGUACAGAAAGCGGGAAAACACGACCGAGAUUUUGGAAGGUGCGCAACUAGAUUCUUGCUAUGUCAAUUUAAUCCGGAAAUAUUUGCUUGCGAGCCUUCUUCUUUGGCUUUGAUAAGUAGACGCUGUUAAUUUUACCAGGAUCACCGUAAAUCGUCCACUUUAUUGAGUUCAUGUUUCGCGUGAUUUGUCCACAGUCAUGAGGUUUAAUAUAAGAGUUUACCGUAUAUUUUGUUGCAAAGUAAACUGCCGCGAGGCAACAAGAUAAGCUUAUGGUCAAUUCAAGUUCAAGUGUAUAGCAUACUUCAAAUUGUUGUUUCAAGAAAAUGUUAAUGAACUUGUUGAUUAUAUUGAGAAGAAAGUAUGUUAGGUUGUGUAGAAGGCUGAUAUGUAACGAAAUUUGUUAUAUUCCAAAAAAACUAUGACUGGUAACGAACUAAUCUAUGUGUACUGGUUACGGUCUUCGAGAAACUCAUGUAUAAACGUCUGUCAGCUCUGAAAUUUUUGAAAGCGAUUUAUACAGUCUUCGAAUUACUUACAUAGCAUUGUAUUUCAUGUUUGUCUCGGUGGAGUGACCUCAUACUGGCAUCUUGGCCUUGAAGGCCUUAGCUUGGUUUUUAACUGAAAGGGUAGAGUUAUUUAGGUCUCUGCUUCUCAUAAUUGCUUUUCAGUUAAACAUUCUUUUUUACACCCCUUUCAUGAACUGCAGCAUAGAUCAAUGAUAAUUAUUAAUAUUAUUACUAUUUUUCCCAAUGAUUUGGCUACUUCUGAGAGGUCUGUCUUUAUAAUCAAUUUUUUACUGCUGGCACUGAUUUUUUAUUCUUUCUUUUUUUUCCAAGAACGUUUGAAGAGAUGCGUCUCCACACCUUGCAUUAAUGCACUUUCAGAAGUGGACUUUUCAGAGUCCUAUUCACCAGACUGUGCUACGGAAAAUGCUGGGAUAUUGAUGGUUACUCAGGAACACAAUCCAAACAGAGUGCACAAUACUGGGUCAGUAAGUCUUGAACCAGUGGACAGAAGCGAUCAAGUGUCACAGACAAGUUAUGACAGUAAUAGAAACUGUAAUGUUAAUGACCUGUCAGAAAAUGUUCAAAGAAUUCAUCUUAAUGCAGAAUCAUCAUGCCAGUCUUGUGUUAUUCAUCAUGCUUCUCCAGAAGUCCAGAAAAUGGGUUAUCGCCACCCUCCUCCAUACCCUGAACAAAUAGAACAAAAUAUAUCAAGCCCAUUGCAUAAAUAUCGGCAUCCGCCGCCAUACAGAGAGCCUGUGGACAGUAUCGACAGUGCAAGUUUUUAUGGCCAACAUGGGAACACUGGAAAUGAUUAUAGUUCAUAUUACAAUCUUGAGAAACAUUCUAGACAUCCUCCCUCAUACGUGCAUUCAAGUGAUAGAUUUUCUCUGGAUAGUAGACUACCUAAUGGAGCAUUCCAUCAAAAUUUACCCAAGAAGGCAGUGAGUGAGUCAUUUAUUCCAAAUACUAAUGGUUAUCGCUAUGUGCAGCAUGCCCCCAACAGUGUUUCAGAAUAUUAUAAUGGCUAUGGAUAUUCCAAGCCGUUUUCAAGUGCACAAGACUCUUUUAGUUAUAACACCUCUCAUGGUGAGCCAUUCAUUUCUGAGGCUGGAUCACUCCAAUUAGGCUUCAUCACAAAUCAAGCCACAUCUACGAACAACUUAUUCAGUGAAACUAGAAGUGACAUGUUAAGGUAUAAGGACAGUCCUUCGCCUCCUAUUUCAGGAGGAAACCAGUCACCCUUUACAUCACAGGCUCAAUUCAUGUCAAGACCACAAGCUUCUUAUCCUGGAAUGGAACAAGAAGGUUCAUUUUCUAAGAGAUUUUUUCCUGCUGGCAACAUGGAUGAAAAGAAGAAUUUAGUUUUUAAUGGCAGCCAGCUUCACCAGUUAGAUCUCUCCCUUCCUCCUGGCUUUGAAGUUGCAUGGACUCCAGAUGGGCGGAAAUACUAUGUUGAGUAAGUUUUAAGUGAAUUCUUUUUGUCGUAAUAUGUUUAUAGAGUCUUUCUCUGUCAUAGGAUACCUCUCUCAGUAAAGCUUGUCCCCACCUUUAUAUUAUUGUUAUUUUUGUUAACUCUUUUUAAAGGGGAACUCCUCAUUAGCAUAAGAGAGAAGUUCUAGGUAGAUAGGAGUCCAUCUAUUUCAUAACAUAAGUUUGAUAAAGCAAAUUUUCUUGUUUCGAAGAAAGUAAUGAGAGAAAAAUUUAACAAGGCAAUGAGAAAGCAACAAACUAGUGCCAGACCUUUACCACUGAUCAGUUACAUGUACAUUGUAGUAGUGCCUGGUCCCUUAUCUAGCCAUGACUAGCUUAAACUGAUGCUCUACUGAGUUUUAAGUAUAUAUCAACCCUCCAAGUUAAUAUUUUUGCUUCGUCGCCAUUAUUUUUGUCAACCAACUCUUUUGGUUUAGGGAGACUUUUCUACAAAUCAAGUCGCCAGCUCCAAAAUCUUAGGCACCAUGGCAACCAAAAUGGUUGCAACUUGGAGGACUGUAUUAAUUAAAAUUAGCUUGAGAUUUUAGUAGCAGUUCUAUUCUAUAUUAUUUCAAUUUUGUGUCUUGCUAAAUGUAAUUUCUGAAGAUGCUGAGGUUACCCAUUCUGACAGUUAAAUUAUAUACAGUGAACUAUUAAGCAAAAUCACUGACCAUUAUCGUUUCCCACAUGUGUUAUUCUUAAUGAAAUAAUAUUGUAAUGUUCCUGAUUUCAGACUUGCAUGUAAUAAUGGUAAAUAGGGUAUUAUAUUACUUACAGCAAGAGUUUAUUUAUUUUAUGUGUUAUUUUAUGUCAUUUAGCUUUUUUGUGUAUUUUUUGAUGCAAUAUUAUUUUCUAUUCUCUUUCAGUCACAACACAGAAACGACUGAUUGGUGCCAUCCACUAGAGAAAGCAGGUACAGUCUUAUUUCUAAGGGUUACAGGUUCCCUCCUUACAGUUUUUAUGAGUGUGGUCCAGGAUCUAAUGGGCGAUUCCAGAAAAUAUCCAUACCAUACCAUGGAUGGCUCCCAUAGUUUUAUACCCCCUUGCUUUGGGAAUUUCCAUUUUCAUGUUAAACCCUUCAGAAUUACUGGCAGGAAUUGCAAAUAUGCCAAAUUUGGCUUAUUUUACACCAAAAUAUUUCAAAUGACUCUACUUCUGCUCUUCAGUUCAGCCUUGUAACAGAGGAACUCAUUAUGGAAGUGUUCUCCUUACCUCUGUUCAACAGAUGCAACCUACAUUAACUUUACAUUGCCCUAAACUGGUACAGAACAUUAAAAUAAGAAUAUCUUGUGAUGAAUGUAUGUACAGUACACUCAGAAGAUUUAUUAUGAUAGAGUGUAUUUUCAUUUCCACCAUCUGGCAUUUGAGUCUUCAGGGUAACCAGCUGUUCUCAAACCCACGAGCUUCAAAAAUUAAAAAGGGGUCCUCGGUUGAAAGACCAUGUGCUGUCAGAGUCAGCUUGUAGGCUGAUAAGAUAAUUUGGUUUGAGCGAUAUAAUUGGCUACACUCAUUCCAUUUGAGUUGCGUGAUGCUAGAUAGAGAUUUUAGCUUGUAGUGAGGCUGAUCAUGGAGCUGUGUUCCCAUAUGUCUUCAUUGUGUUUUUUUUAUUACUGUCUAAUUUAUCAUUUAGCUAAAAGAACAGCCAGUCAACUUAUUUUUCAUUUUUUGUCUCAGGUUUGCCAGACGGUUGGGAGAAAAUUGAAUCUCCGAAUUUUGGCGUUUACUAUGUCAAGUGAGUUUUAAUGUUCUGUUAAAAACAAAAAAAUUAUUAGCUCUACUCUCAGAGCAAGAAAGUACUUUGGUGUCAGUAUAUAUUUCAAUCUGUUUCAAAAAUAAUGCUCUAUUCUUGACACAGAAUGUGUCCAUACAGUUAGAGCUAAGUCUAUUAAGCCUAGGCCAAACAUCAAACAUGAACUUUUUGGUAGACAAACCAAACUUAGUGAAUUAGGUUAAUGGAAAGUUCGGUGUGUAGCUCAGUUGAGUUCAUCUGAAUGAGUUUGGAUCAUCCGACACCAUCUAUCCGUCUGCUUCAGAUCAUGCAUUAACAUCUGAAUUUCAUCUUGAGGAAAAGUGUCGAUCUUCACAUGCGAUGAACUAAACUGAUAGACUAAAAUUUGUCCUGUAAUGUAUAUUUAGCCGCGUUCAUGAGAAAAUUUAUGAAAAUUGCUUUUUGAUCUGAUUCAGUUGAUUGGUUUGAUGUGUCCUAAGUUUGAUGUCUGACCCAACUUAGAUGUUCUUAACUUAAUUUAAGUCAAGCCAAAUUAGAGUUCGGUUCAUCUCAUGAAAAUUUCGACAUUUUGCUUAGGCCCUAUGAUGUUCUAAAAAGAGAAGUUUGACAGCAAUAGUUUUUUAUUAGUUUUGCUCUAAUGCAUAAUUUGAUUGUUAUUUCUAUACAGUCAUAACACAAAAAUGGCUCAGUAUGACCAUCCAGCCAAAACACAGUUUAUUCAGCAACAGCAUCAGCAGGAUAUGAGAGGGUCAGAGAGUAUACGGCAGGAAUCUCAAGCCAUCCCAGCACAGAAUCCCCUGGUCCCUGCUAAUCCUUAUAUCAGUGAAGGUAUGGUUACCAUUAAUCCCCUGUCAAGCCAAUCAGGAGCUGACUGUAUAUUCUAGGCAGUUUGGAGGAGGUGGGGGUGUACAGGGGGUGGGGUGACUGGGUGUUAAAUUGGGAGGCUGGUGUUACUGAAAGAGUUACUUCACAAAUUCCCAACUUGUCCUUUUCUUCCAUUGGCAAAUUGUCUUGGAGCUGAAUACAUUGUAAAAAAAGUAAUUUCUUACCAAUGCAAGGAAAACUUAAUUUGUGGUCAUUUCCCAUGUGCAAUUCUGCAGAUUGACUGAAUGGAAGUGUACAAUGUACGGUGUGAUGCAUCGGCAUUUUUUUUCAUCUUAACUUGUUAUUCUCACUUUCUCUUUAAUGUUGACAUAAUAGUCUGCCAUGAUGGAAUAUACCCUUUGCAGAUUAUUUGAUUAAAAUUAGAAUUACAAUAGUUUCAGAAGGUCCCACUUGUCUUGUUUCUUUUUAACAAUAAAUUAUCCAUUUGGUAUUGCAAAAGAAUCAUUAUUAAAAGAACAGCUUAAAUAUCAUGUGGUAUAUUUAUUAAGGCUUACCAGUAAUACUUUAAUUUCAAUUGAUUUAUUUGCUUUCUUCAGAAAUUCCAGAAUGGCUGCAAGUUUAUGCCAAAGCGUCUCCCGACUAUGAUGGUUUCCUGAAGGUAAGUUUCUCACUGUAACAUACUCCAACCUCUUAGCUUGUUAGGGGAGAUGAUGUCUGCUUAGAACAGCAGUCGAUGCCUGGGCCGCUUGUGCUCUAGAAUUGCCUGAUAGCCCCUGGUGAUUUACUUUUGCUUACAGGUGACAAGGAAUCAAAGAUCCUGGAUUUCAUAAUUCAAUUCAAUUCAAUUCAAUUUUAUUCACACUUUUAUAAAAUAUAUAGUAAGGCAGGAAUACACUAAUAAAGAAGAAGAAUAAGGAAAAAAGAAAAGUAAUGGCUUGGAUAGAAGUGUACGGUGAUCAGAGGAGCUUAGCUUUUGAGCUAAUCAUAGGUGCAGAGUUUUAAAGUUUCCAGUAUGGUCUUAGGCAGAUAGUGUUUUUGACGUUCCUGAAGUCUGAACAUCUGCAUGGCUAUGCUCGUUCACUGUAGCCCAAUGAAAAGUAAAGUUUUAGUAGAAUAGCAUCUCCUAAGUUUUCUUAUUUCUGUUUUAGUGGGACUUGUUUCGAUAUGCUGAGCUGGAUUGUUGGCAGGCAAUGUUGAAGAGAUUAUACAAGAAAGAGGUUGAACACGUUGUCAUGAGACAUGAGGAGUACAGGCAAGCAUUGCAAAGAGAGCUGGAACAAAAACAAAACCAACAAGAAGAAGAACAAGCUCUUGCUGAUCUGGAUGAGUUAGACAAAGAACUUGCAAAAUACUGAACAUAAACUAUGCAGGAGUGGUCAAGGAUACUUGAAUGACAAGUGAAUGACACAUGAUGGCUCUGCAGAGACAAAAACAACUCUGAAAAAAUUAGAAUUCAAACUUUCUCAUUUUGAAAUAGCCUGUUGUAUACGCAUCCUUAUCCCACACCCUUGCUGUUUUCCUGCUUACAUCUAUUCGUGUCAUCCUCUAAAUCUGAACCCCUGGAAAAGAUGAAGUUUGAAAGAGCUGAGGAUCUUCUUUUGUGUCAUCUUUCAUACAUGUAACAUGUAAAGUUGUUGUAAAUUUAUUGUUCCUCGUAUUUUGUUUGUCACUGUUUGGUGAACUAUUCUCCACAGUUAAUUAUUAAAUGUAAAAAACACUGAUAAUUAUUGUUUGUUUUACAUGUAAACGUAAUGAGUAACAGUGGUUUUCCUUUGCUCGUGUACAUGUAGUCAUGAAUAGUAUGGUUGAUAUUGACUUUUGUUUAGACACUGAAGACUCUAACACAACUUGCCCAUGAUGUACUUUUAGCACAUCAAAUUACCUGUUGCUAAAAGAGAAGAAGAAAUUGUCUGAAAAUUUGUUUAAUUGAUAUUAUUAAAUGAUGACUGAUGUAGUGCUGGUCUGUAAACAUCAACUACAAAUUUGAAUCAUCAGUUUUAGAAUUAAAGAAUAUUGAUGUAUGACAAAAUUGUGACAUUGUCACAUGCUUAAACCAAGACAUUAUGGCAGGUAUUUGGACUGUGUGGCUUGGUGUAGCCUGCGCGCAGACGAAAUUAAACUCUGGUUAACUCCGUCUGCAAAACAGCGCCGAAAUCCUUGUUCUGGACUUCCAGCUGUGUACCCAAAUUUGAGUACGCGCCACGAUUGGCCAGUAAAAAAAGGCCUUUGUUUUGUUU